UCCCUGCCUGUUAUAUCAUCGUCGCUGUAACCAGUAAGUUCCAACAAGAAGUUGCUGAAUACGUUAAGUUACUUUGUGGAUCGACCGUAUUGCAGUCCGAUUUUCGUUUUUGCAUUUGCGAAGUGGCUGCACUUGAAUCAAAUAAAAAGAACGAUGACGACUCAAUCCCAGACACAGGAGAUGUUCAGGAGAGCAGAAGCUGUCUGCUUUGAUGUAGACAGCACAGUUAUCAAAGAAGAGGGCAUUGAUGAACUGGCCAAAUUCUGUGGUGUCGGGGAUGCAGUCACUGAAAUGACGCGUAAUGCCAUGGGUGGAUCGGUCACAUUCAAGAAAGCCCUUUCUGAACGAUUGUCCAUCAUACGCUGCUCUAGAGAACAAGUGAACAAACUGAUAACAGACCACCCCCCUCAGUUGACUGCAGGUAUUAAGGAACUUGUGGACCGGCUUCACGAGCGCAAUGUCAAGGUCUUCCUCAUAUCUGGGGGGUUCCGCUGCAUCGUUGAACAUGUAGCGACUCAACUCGAUAUUCCUCUCGACCACGUCUAUGCAAACAGGCUCAAGUUCUACUUCAAUGGUGAAUACGCAGGGUUUGACGACAGCCAGCCCACAGCAGAGAGUGGUGGGAAAGGUCGUGUGAUCAGCAUGCUGAAGGAACAGUAUGGCUUCAAGACGGUGGUGAUGAUCGGAGAUGGGGCCACUGACCUGGAGGCCUGCCCCCCUGCUAGUGCCUUCAUUGGAUUUGGUGGGAAUGUCGUUAGACCACAGGUCAAAGAAAGGAGUUUGUGGUAUGUCACAAGUUUUGGAGAACUACUUAAGGAACUGGAGAAGAUCUAGAAGGAACAGCUGCACUGGUACUUUCUUUACUAUGUUUUAUGCACCUUAUGGUGUGCCUUUGUUUGUUUCAUCCAGUGUGUUUUCUGUCAAGAUUUUUAUAUCGAUAAAUGUUUGCACUACAAUAGUGAGUUAAUUUAGAUAUUUUAGGGUUUUUUCCCCCCCCCCCCCCCCUAUUAAUUGUUAUACUAGAGAAUGUAACUAAUUACAAUAAACCACAAACUAUAUAUUUAAGGAG